UGAAGGGAACACUCAAAUAAACAAAGCAAUUAUUAUUAUUAAUUACAUUUGUAAAACAAACUGAAAUGAAUUUCAUAGAACCCAAUGGUUGGCCGCCCAAACCCCAGUACUGGGGGCAGAAUUUAACUUUUGUUUUCUUCUACUUUAUUUACUGCAGGUUCUAUUAGUUAAACAUAAACAUGUGUGGUAUCCACCGAAAUAGUAGAAUCUCGUCUAAAAACUGAUCUAAACCAUAUCUACAAACUUAAAACUAAAGGCAGUUGAAUCAGAAAAUAAACAAACUCCCCAAAAUGACACAAAACUCUGUCUCAAGUGUUCACCAAACGGCUUCUACACACACAACCAACAUGUUUGCUGUAAGCAGAGAGUUCACAGAUUCCAAAAAAUACAUUUUGUCGCAAUCCAUCCAGGUUUUACUAAACCAGCAGCAAAGGCAGGCCAGAAUUAUCUCUCCCAUCUGAAAAACAUAAUUAUUAACAUAAUGAUCGUAUAGAUAGAGUACGUCGAUUCACAGAAAAAUUCAGUUAGAUUUGCACAUGUUAUUUUGAGCUCAAACUUCACAAAAGCUUAAGAGGGUACGAUAUUUUCCAGGUAUAGGUACAAACAUUGACACAAAAAUAGUUAACUGAUAAAGUGAGAAUAAAGUAAUUCAUAAAGCUGUUAAAAUAUUACAAGAGGGUUAAAAGUGCAAAGAACAACGUGUGGCCAUUAUUUCACCUGACCUCUGCAGCUACAAUUCUUUUGAUUAUCCAAAAAUCAUAUGAGGAGCACUUGGCUCUGGUUGGUUUAUGGUGAAUUUAUGUUCUUUCCACUUCCAGAUUAUGACUCCCGCAGUGCUAAGUGGAACAUUCAGAAGUUUAGAAAUGCAGUUGGAACUGUUACCAUUAUUAUUUUUCAGUUUUUAAACAGACUUUUUUGUGAGUCUCUUUGCUUGUACCAACUCUAUGUCAUGAUCUAUUUUUAUGAAGAAUUCAAAUGCAGAGAUGAGCUGGAUGUCACAGGGAAACUAGAAUCCACUCUUUCGCCAACUCCAUUCGGCUUUUUUUACUUUCUACUGGUAGAGCAUUUUCUGGCCAAUCCAGUUUAGUGACACCGUGCUCAGUAAAGCAAUCAUUGGUUCUUUUGGCAGUGUAGACAGAUACGAAGUCCUGCAGAAAAAUUAAAUUAGGAUCUCUAGAAAGUAGGCGAGCUGAAAUUCAGCUGGAAACAAGCUGUUGAUCUGGAGCUGUUCUCGGUGCUGAACCGCUAAAUCCAAUUAGCUCUAUUCCCACCCCCACCCUCAUGCUGUCCCUUCAUCCUCUCUUCUUCGGGCCGAUAGUUGCCGGGGCCAGGCGGUUCCUGUGUAUGCGGUUCAUAUUUUUACACCGUUUCCUGCUCUUCAUCGAUAGAACAUCGCACAAAAAUGUGGAUUUUCAACGGCCGACGUGUUCUCGGUAAAAAUCCCAGGUCAGGGGCCGGUGGGGGACGGAGCGGCUGGAAGCUGGGAUGUCCUGGGAAGUAAAAAUAAAGUUUGGCUUGUCAGAAGAUUCAGCAGAGACAUGGAUCUCGUCAGGAGUGUAACAGCCUGAACACGGCGAAGUAAGCUUGGGUUGCCUUAUCUAACCAGCUAACUCAUCUUUAGCGACUGUGAGGCCUCAACUCACAACCACCUCUGCUAGUGUUGACCCAGCUUCACAGGAAGGAACAGAGCCAGCCAGCUCAGCAUGACCGACAGAGUGAACAAAGCCAACCCCCGGCCUGCCAUGGCUCCUGUGCUCCCACCUGAUCCAAUCGAUAUUAUUCGCACCAAAGCUCGUUCCCGGCGAGUCCGGCUCAACGUAGGUGGUCUCAGUCAUGAGGUGCUGUGGAGAACACUGGACCGCCUGCCUCGAACCCGCCUGGGGCGACUAAGAGACUGCAACACCCAUGAGUCACUGUUAGAGAUUUGUGAUGACUACAGUCUCAGUGACAAUGAAUAUUUCUUUGACAGGCAUCCGAUGGCUUUCUCCUCCAUCCUCAAUUUCUACAGAACAGGGAAGCUGCACAUGAUGGAGGAGAUGUGUGCUUUGUCCUUUGGCCAGGAGCUAGACUACUGGGGAAUUGAUGAGAUCUACCUAGAGUCCUGUUGCCAGGCGCGGUACCACCAGAAGAAGGAGCAGAUGAACGAGGAGCUGAGGAGAGAGGCUGAGACACUGAGGGACAAGGAAGGAGAAGUUGAGGAGCAGGGAUGUUGUCCUGACCAAAGACAAAAGCUUUGGGAUCUCCUGGAGAAACCCAGCUCCUCUGUUGCUGCAAAGAUUCUGGCCAUGGUCUCCAUCCUGUUUAUAAUCAUUUCUACCAUCUCAUUAUCCCUCAACACUCUGCCAGAGCUCCAGGUUGUUGAUGAAUUUGGCCAGUUCAAUGACAACCCCAAUCUAGCCCAUGUGGAAGCUGUGUGCAUUGCUUGGUUCACUAUGGAGUACCUGCUUCGCCUGCUGUCAGCACCUAAUAAGUGGGACUUCAUCAAAGCGCCACUAAAUAUCAUAGAUUUGCUGGCUAUAUUGCCUUAUUAUGUGACCCUCUGUCUAACUGAAUCUAACAAGAGUGUGAUGCAGUUUCAGAAUGUGCGCCGUGUUGUCCAGAUAUUCCGUAUUAUGAGGAUCCUGAGGAUUUUGAAACUGGCAAGGCAUUCAACAGGACUCCAGUCCUUGGGGUUCACAUUGAGAAGAAGCUAUAAUGAGUUGGGUUUGCUGAUUCUUUUCUUGGCUAUGGGCAUUAUGAUCUUCUCUAGCUUAGUGUUCUUUGCUGAGAAAGAUGAGGAUGCCACUAAAUUUACAAGCAUCCCUGCCUCCUUUUGGUGGGCCACUAUUACAAUGACAACUGUUGGUUAUGGUGACAUCUAUCCACAAACCCUGCUUGGCAAAAUUGUAGGAGGGCUUUGCUGUAUAGCAGGUGUGCUAGUCAUUGCUCUUCCCAUUCCCAUAAUUGUCAACAACUUCUCUGAAUUCUACCGAGAACAGAAGAGGCAAGAAAAGGCUAUUAAGAGAAGGGAAGCUCUUGAAAGAGCCAAAAGAAGUGGAAGCAUUGUUUCUAUUAACUUAAAAGAUGCAUUUGCCCGUAGUAUGGAACUCACAGAUGUGCUGGUGGAGAAAAAAGAAGAAAGCAAAUGUCCUGUAGACAACCACCUGUCCCCUAGUCGUUGGAGCUAUCACAAACACUACUCCAACACAGAAGCCAGUAGUCCCGCAAAGUCCCAGCAGUACCAAGAUGUUAAACAGUGGGGCUCCCCUGUAGCAGUAAAACCAUUGUUGAAUAAAACUUCUCCUCAACACUUAAGUGCAAAGGAACCUGACAUUCCUCACAAAAAAAUAGAAACCACACAGGGGCAGCAGGACAAACGUAAAGAGGAGCAGAUGAAAAUGAAUACUUUGACCUCUAGUCAAACCCAACAAACUUCACCUAAAGUCAGUAAUGGUGAGAAACCUGCUGCUGUGACUGAUUCCAUAUCUGAAAAAGAAGGAAAAAGCUCUCUGUUACUAAGUGCAACAGCAGGUCAAACUAGUCUAAGGCACUCUACCCCACCUCCCUUGGAUUUACGUCUAAUCAGCACAAUGGAGGCACAUCACGGCUCGGACAGCAACCAACCGAUGACAAUAAUUAAAGAGGGUUUGUAUGAAUUUGUGUCCAGUCCCCAAAGAACAACUGAAGAAAAAACCUUGGUUCCACAGAGAAUGGAGAGCUUUGUGAAGACCAGUGAAAACAUCUGCAGCUCGGCGCAAGAUUAUAGCAGCGCUCAAACAAUUAGAACCCUAAAUGUUGACUUCAUUGAAUCUGAAGAUGAUGUUCUUACAGCAGUUAUGACACCUGUAACAACUAAAGACUCCAGUAGUGCAGACAAGGUUGAUCAACUACUUUCUGAAGAUGUGUUUUCCAUGUUCUCUACUUCUCCCAGUUCUGCUACAUAUGACACAACAUCUGCGCUAACAGUAGCCCAGUCUCUAGCUCUGGCACAGGAGUUGGCCCGUCCUGGUGGGCAGAGUUCCAUAAUCAGGAGCUUAGAAGGUGAAGGACAGCACACAGGCUUAAGUCAUCAGGUGAAAAAUCACAUGGAAAGGGCUGCUGCUGGCUCAUGCAUUAGCUCUAGCUCAGCUAAAGCAAGCUCGCUAAACUGCACCCAAGAGCUAGUAACUAUGGGAGGGGCAGAUGGUGGAGGAGCCAGAGAGGGUAAAGGACAGGGUGGGGAAAAACAAGAAAAUCAUAUUGUCUUGGAUGGAAGUUUGACACCACCCUGUGAAACAAGUAUGUGAGCUCAAGAGUAAGGAUAGAUAGAAGCAGAGAUAAAAAAGAAUGCAUCAGCUGAAAAAAACAAAGUGGGAUGCAAGCUCAUGACAAGAUUUUUGGAUGGUGACCUGGUUGAGAUCUCCGCCAUGUUGAUGCAGACUCUGUAAAAGCACAAACUGUGGAAGCAGAAAACAUGUCUGUCAUUAAAAAUAACUUUUGCUCUGUCCCAAAAGACUUUACUUGAUUCAUUUUAUUUAUUUUGUGAAUACCGCUGUCAGGAAAAGGACAUUACUAAGGCCUCAAAAUGGGACACCAGUAAAACCAGGAACAACCCCAGAUGUCAGGGAAUCAUUUUAAUGGGCUCCAGUUUCUGUCUGUGUUGUAAAUGUUUAUCUUUGAAGAUUAAAUUGUACAAUGAGUUGACUGAGAACAAAAAACUGACUUACUGCUAAUUUUGUAAGACUCAACAGAAAGCAAAAACAAAGCCUUGAGUAAAUGAAAACAUUUGUGACUGUCUUGAUUUUUUUGUCUGAGUACAUUUUUGUCUCUUUGGGAUGAGCAGGUGUAAUUUCCCUCUUGUUUACUACCUUGCAGUUUUAUUUAGAAUGGACAACAUGCAGAAGUAAAAGCUGGAGGACAUUUUAGUUUUUGAAUUUGCCAAUGCAACUUUAAUAUAUACCUUCAAAAAUGUAGAAAAACAUCUAUCACUCAAUAUUCUCUACUGUGGAUCUUGCAAAAAUGUUGUACAACUGUUCGUGGGCAAAUAACAUUAAGGACAUAUGCUUCUGAAGAAUACAGUUUAUGUGGGGUCGGUUCGAUGACCUAUGUUCUGUUUCCGGAUCUUUUAGUUUUUGUAACCUUUUCUAUCUUGCUGGUUUUGUAUGAGACAGUACCUACAGAGAAAGCAGAUUCUUAAAGAAAAAUAAGGAAAGGGAGCUCCUGUAUUGAUCACUGUUUGCACACUUUUCUAAACAGAAAUUUUCAGAAAGGUUUAAUGUCACAGAUAGCAUUUUAAAUGAACAAUGUAAUAGAUUUACAGUCAUAAUCAAUAAAUUAGAAGUAGCUUUUAAAAAUAUUCUUUAAGCAGGUAUGAAACUUGAGCCCACAUUUCUGUAUCCAAAAUGUUUUUUAUUGGUCUGAAGUAAUAUUCUAAUCUUACAUGUCAUGUUUUUAUUUCUGCUGUCAGCAGAAAAUCAUCAUAAUUACCACAAAUAAAUGCUUGCAAACAUAGGUCUGUGAUGAAUUAAUCUAUAUAAUGUGCUUCACUUAGCAAAAUGGAUUACUGAAAUAAAUGAACUUUUCAAUAAUAUUCUAAUUUACUGAAUAUGACUGUAUUGGAAAAGAUUCAUAAAUGUUGUAUUUUCAUUGUUACACCGAUUAUGUAAUCUACCUUGGCUAUUGUCUUGUAGCUGUUAUGUCAUUUAUAUCUCUAAUAAAAACCCUGACGGCACAUCCAACUUGAGACCUGGAAACCUCUUGAUAAAAGAAAGUCCAAACUGUGAAACUGAAAUUUGAGUUUCUUAAAAUGUUCCAGUCUUUUCCUCCCUCCUAAGAAAUCUCAUGCCACACAAGAAGGCAAAAUGAAACAAAUCAGCUUUUUGAACACAUUCGUCUAAGGAAAACACUCUACUGUCCUUAUUUGUGGUUCCAUCACAGACAUCCCCUUUCUUCCUUUAAAACAACGUUUAUGACUCAUCUCUUGACGAAACAUCUCUGACCCACUGUCACACCCAACCACUUUUUACUUUGCACUUAUUCACUUGUCACUGAAGCUUAUAAAGCACUUAAUGAUUAUAAUGUGAUCUCUCACUCUCUCAGGCUUCAUAUUUCUCCUUAUUUUACAAGACUGAGCAACCUAAUGUAAAAGGAAAAUAUAAAGUCUUUCAGAGAUAGACCAGCUGGAAGUAUAUGUCAUUAUGCCCAUUUUUCUACACAUUUCAUCAAGCCUGAAACCCUUUUACAGAGCUCUCUAACUGGUGUGGGUGGGGCGGUGGGGCUUUACUUUCCACCAUCAAGUGUAAUUGCUUUGAAUAUUGUUUGCAUAUUUUAGCUGCAAUUUUAAACGCACACUUCUUAUGUACAGUAGGCAAUUACCUGGUAUUUCAAUGUAAAGUGAUUUUGAUGUGAUAAAGUGAUAUGUUGUUUUGAGAUGUUCUUUCCUUGUUAGGGGCUGCAUGUUGAUGUUGUUGUUAGCACUUUAUUCUUGGACCAAGAAGAUCCUAGGCUUAAAUCCCAGGUGGGAUCUUUAUGCAUGGAGGCUGCAUGUUCUUCCUGUCCAUGUGUGGGUUAUUUAUGGGUACGCCUGCUUCCUCUCACAGCUCAAUAAUAUGCCUGUUAGGUUGUUUAUCUUUAUUGCCCUUAGGAGUGAGUGUGGGUGGCUGGAUUUUUGUUCUGUAAUAGACUGGCAACCUGUCCAUGGUGUACCCGCCUCUCACUCAUUGAGCACUGGAGAUAUGCACCAGUCCAUCUGCAACCCUGCAUGGAUGAGCAGGUGUACGCAAUUUAUAUCAUUGCAUGUGAUCAUGGUUAUUAGAAAGGCUAAUAACUAAUUCAACUAAUAGAAAGAUCAAAUCACAAUAAACACUUAUUUAAACAACUUCACAUCUGCCCUUUAGACCAAUUCAGUUUCUAUUUUAGGCAAUCCUGGCCUAAUGCAGUUUAGGUUCAAUGGAGCAGUCAGAGGGUUAAAGGUGAAUAAUAAAAGUCCAGUGAACUCCUACUGACUUUAUACAUGCAGGUGUUACAUAUUUUGUUUAAAAUAAUUAGUCCCAUUUCAAUAAAAAGGACAUUGUGCUGUGUGAUGUAUAUUUAGAAGAACAGUGCCUCUUCAUAAAUGAAUUUAUGAGGUGAAAAAUGUCGUUUAGAAUUUAAGAUUUUCUUCUUAGCUUCUGCUUGUAUUAUACACACUUUUUAUUAAAAUUAUAAUGAUUUAGCUAACAGUAAUAUGAUGUCCUCCAAAGAUUUCACACUAAAGGUACUAAUUUUUACUAUCAAGGCAACUUGCUAGAGACAGGUGAACUCAGAUAAGUUGUUGGUUUGUGAAUCAAACAAAAAUGAAUUCUCUGCUUCAGCACACAUAGGCUGGUGUUGAUUUAUUUUGGUAAAUGCAACUCUGGGAAAUUAUUGGUUAUUUUGUCAUUCCUGAAAAUCAGCCACCACAACCUCAGUUCCACAGUCUGAACAAGCAUUUAAAAAGUCAUAGUAUUUGCAUAUGUCACAGUGGGACACCUGAGAGCAGAAAACAGACCAGCCACUAAGGACCUACUUUUUGAACUGUCCUCACUGCUUGAAUUCUGUUCUUGUAUUCUUAUCAUUCCACUGUCUGUCCAUCUACUUUACAUGUUUAUAAAAAGACUACAAGAUGCCAGUAAGUCAAUCAAUGUAAAAACAUAAAAGUUAUUCUUAAGCACUUUUGGUUCUGUUAAAAAAAUGUAAGAAAAAUAAAUAUGUUUAUUUAA